GGUCUAUGACGACGUGUUCUCUUGCGCAAAACUCACCAUACCACCGGCUUUGAAUGACCAAGGCGACAUUACCAGCAUGGGCGACACAUUCAAUGAGCUUCUUUUCUCGUUAGCUGCCAGGGCUGCGGAUGACCACGAGGAUGACGGCAGCAAGGAAAGCACCAGCCUACUACUGAAACGAGGUGUGACCGCACACAGCGACAGCGAAGCGGAGCAGGAAAGCGAUAGCCGUCGCACCAAUAUCUCCAGCAGCAAUUCCAGUCGCAGGCAUGGCAACAGAAGCAUGCUCCACUCUAUGUAUGCGUCACCCAAGCAGACUAUCCCGCAGCGGAGACAGUCUUCCGUUCCUGGAUCGCCUACUCUGCAUGGUGCGCUGAAGGAAACAUUGAUGAUAUUGCGUUUGCCACUGUUUUUCUCAAUCAAAGAUGAUCAAACUAGAAGCUAAUGCUGUUGCUAUCAACUGCUGGGGAUGGAAAUUCAGAUCUUCUGCAGGAGCAGGGAACACCUUCGCCGUUCAUCAGUAACAUGUCAGAUCCAUGGGAUAAAGAUCGUGAUGAACCAAGUUUCGAUGUAAGGGGAAGAGGUAGUGGCAAAGGUUCUUUAGAAAAAUCGCGAUCGAGCUCAAGUAUGGUUAUCGAAGAUGCUUCUCCACCCUUGCCCUGGAAAGACCCCAAGAGUCCAUUUGCAUCUAAAGAGGACCUGAGUUCAAGCCACCGAUUCAGCAUGGACGCCAUAUCGGACGGCGCUUUUGUAAUGCCAGCGAGCCUCUCUGACUCACAGCACCUUCCACCAUUGGCGGAGGCGUCCACCAGCGCUUACAGCAAUCCAAGCACGAGUACAUCAGCUGAGCCAAAGAAGAAAAGAUGGGGCCCUAAAGGGCAAAGGGCGACAUUAGGCUCGGUAUCGGUAGACGAUUCCUCAAAGCACCCACCAUCCGCUUCAGCUUCGACCAUAGAAACAUCCUCUCCAAUAAUAGCGACCCAUCCCAUAACUGGAUCAGAAGUCUCAAAAGCAUCACAAACACUCCCUGAUGAAACGUCAGCAGCAAAUUCAGCCAAUAAUUCGUCCGCCAAACCAUCUACAUUUGGCCUUCAUACAUUUUCAGGACCAGGGAUGGGCAUUGUCUCUGGACUGACGUCGCUCAAAAAUUCGAUCAUGAUUCCUGCCAUGUCCUCUACAGCACACAGGACCGAGAGGACCAAGGGAUCCCAGGCGAGUUCCUUGACCGCCUCCCAGAGUAGCCUCCUGGACUUUGUAGAUGAGGACCAGCCACCAUUACAGUCUCACCGACAUCAAUCUAUGUUAUUAUCUCGUCCAGAAUCGCCUGGAUUGUUGCGGAGCAGGUUUUUAAAGACGGCGAACGACCUAGGAUCAGGCAGUUUGAUGCUGGAAAGAAAAAACAACGAUUCGAGGAAGGAAAGCAGGGAUAGCCGCGUUGCUAGAACCAAUACCCAUCAUUCCACAUUUGGUAUUACCUCGGAGCACAGAUCGACAUCGUCCAUGUCCACGACUUCACAGCGGUACUCGAGUAGCCGGGGUCAUGUUUCCAGUAGCAACAGUGCUACUCAUUCGCUCUCGCUACUCGAAACAGAAUUCCAGCAGCUGAUUAUGAAACAGGGUCAGCUUUCUGCACACAAGAUUGAGCUCUGCAAGGAGCUGCUCUCGCUCUACAGUCGUCGGAAUACGAACGAACAACGACAAGAGGAAGCGACGCGAACAGAGCAAUUUGAGGAGGCGGAUGUAGCAGCAACGACCAUUCGCCUUAUCCAUGAGCGUGUCCAAAAGGUUGAAGGAGCAUACAUGGAGACGGACAGAGCACUUUGGAAGAGUAAGAAGCGACAGGACGAGCUGAGCAGACAGAUCGCCGAUAUGCAGCAGGCCGUGAUGCAUGAGAUGGACCAGAUGCGCCAGGAGAGAGAGACGGAAAAGGGGGUUCGUCGGAUGGAGUUACAAAGGGUUCGGGAGAGCGAGAUGGAACGGAUUCAAGGCGAACGGGACGAGGUUGAGAAGGAGAAGAGCGAUAUUGCUCUUGGACAAGAUUUCUUGGGAAAGAACGAGGCCGAGCUGCUGGAAAGGAUGGAGGAGGAGACUAAGACAGAGCAGGAUGAGAUGGACGACUUGAUUGAGAAGCGGAAUGCCACUCGAACCGAAAUCAAAGAGUUGACGAGGAAGCUAGAACAGCUCAGGAAUCAGGACAAGGAGUAUGGUCGUAGCAUUAACAUCCUUCAGGGCAAGAUCGCUGUCAUUGCUCAGCAGUUUGACGGACUCGCCAAAGAGGUUUCGCGCGAGAAACGCGGGCUGGAGCGUCGUAUGACCGAAGUUCAAGCCAAGACUCAACAUCUCGACCAUCAGGAAUCCAGCGUCCUGAAGGCUGUGCACGAGGCAGAGGCCACGCAGGAGGAGAUUGCGAGUGAGAUCCAUCAAAUCAACUUGCAACGCGAUCGGCUGGAGGAAGUGCGCCGGCUGUUUGAGGGCGAGCAGGCGAUGAUCCAAAAGUUGCGAUUAGAGGAGGAGGAAUUCAGGGAGAAGGAGGCCGGGUGGAACAUGCGGGCGAGCAGUCUGGGUGAGGGUCUAAAGAAGUAUGAGUCGCAAAUCGAGGCAUGGACGAACCAGAGCGUAACAGAUCAGAAAGCCAUUACAAAUCUCGAACUGGAUUUAGAUGCGACUAAAAAACGGAUAAGUACAGUUGAGACGCUCAAGACGCUCUCGAUUCAACGGCGCGAUUUUAAACAGGCUUCACAGUGUUCAGCCGAGCUCGCAAAGUGUAGGGAGACGAUAGCUCAGCAGCAGACAGAGCUGGAUAAUUUGACCUCCAAGAUGAAUGGACAGGCGCAGAAGCAGCUCAAGAGCCUUGAGAAGGAAUAUGAGGACGCAAAAGCGCUUGCCAAGAGCGAGGAGGACACUCUGUUUAAGGAAAUCCAGACUGCAACCACGGAGGCCCUCGAUCGAAUCAAUGCUUUAACUUCAGAUACAGCGGAAGAGCAAAAGGACAGCCACGACGCAGCGAUGAAUGGCGCAUCUGCAGAAAGGCCUGACGACUCUAAAACAAGGACAGUAUCGAGUUCCACGGGUCAACUGUCCCGCCGACUACUGAACGAGAUGCGUAGCGAGAUCGAGAAUGUAUGUGCGAUUGCACGGAUCCGCUUCGGCCGUGAGGAACCUGUUUAUGUGGUCAGCAGCCAAUCCACAGGAAAUUUAUCGUCUGGCUCAAAUGCUGCACUGAAGACAGAUUCGGUAGAAAGUGUACAGGAACAAAGGCAGCGACUAGAGCGAGAUAUUGAGGCUGCGGUGGCCGAGGAAGACUACGACGCAGCAGCCGAGCUUCAGAUGCAGUUAGACGCCCUUUAGACAGAUAGCAGGAUACUUCUGCACGGUUCUCGUUUUUGUUUGCAUCCUCUGCAGAUGCAGCCUGACUCAACCACAACACCUUCAAAGGCAUGAUACAAAAAAAAAUAUACGAAAAGAACGGGGCGCAGGCAAACAUUGUUAUCGAUUAUUCAAGGGUUAUAUAAUCGUAGCCACUACAUACGAAAAGGCACCCGUCUAUGUUGAUCGUUGGAUAUGGCUGCCCAACGUCAGGCCCAGUCGGCACCCAAUGCUGGGAGUACUCGGCGGUCACCUGAUAUCUGCUCAAUGAUUGGUGAAUCCGUUCCCCGCUGACUCAAAGCACCGGGCUGGCAUAAAAGCACGCCUUCGCUGCACGCU